CGUGCCCCUUACAGUGUGACGGUGUCCGGUAUGUUUAUGGAUGCAUGUGGGAGCGUGCCCCUUACAGUGUGACGGUGUCCGGUAUGUUUAUGGAUACAUGACAACCCCUUUAUUAGUGACUGAUCUUGUGCUGUUCAGCCCUAUCCUGUGUACACAAGUAUAAACCCGCCCUGUGGAGAACUGCAGUUUCGUUUCUCUCUUCCUCUGUCAGCCAUGGCGUCUGCUGAUCUGAGAGCUGAGCUGGACUGCUCCAUCUGUCUGCACACCUAUACAGAUCCUGUAAUGCUGAGAUGUGGACACAACUUCUGCCGGGUCUGUAUUGAUCGUGUACUGGAUACACAGGACGAGUCUGGAGUCUAUACCUGUCCUGAAUGCAGAGAAGAGUUUCAGGAGCGGCCUGCACUGAUGAGGAACUUCGCUCUGCGUAACAUUAUGGAGAAUUUAUUGGUUACUCAACAUAAAGAAACGGAAACCGGGAUCUGCUGCACUUACUGUGUGGACUCUCCUGUACCUGCUGUUAAAUCCUGUCUGAUGUGUGAGGCUUCUCUGUGUGAGAAACACCUGAGAGUUCACAGCAAGUCAUCAGAACACGUCUUAUCUGACCCCAGCACUUCCCUGGAGAACAGGAAAUGUUCUGUCCAUAAGAAGAUCCUGGAGUAUUACUGCACUGAGGACUCUGCUUGUAUCUGUGUGUCCUGCAGUUUGGUUGGAGAACAUCAGGGACAUCGGGUGGAGAUGCUGGAUGAGGCCUCUGAGAAGAGGAAAGGGAAACUGAGAAAUAGUCUCCAGAUACUGUCCACAAAGCGAGAGGAGACUGAGGAAAGAGUCCAGAACCUGGAGGAACACUGGAGAAAAGCUCAAGAAAAAGCAUCUGGAAAAGCAGAGAGAGUCAGUGCCCUGUUUACAGAUAUCAGGAGACGACUGGACGACCUGGAGAAGAGGGUCCUGAACGAGAUCUCCAGGCAGGAAAAGGAAGAAUCACUCUCAUUCUCUUCUCUGAUCCAGAAGCUGGAAAUAAAGAAGGACGAGCUGUCCGGGGGGAUGAGACACAUUGAGGAGAUAUGUAACAUGACUGAUCCACUGACUGUCUUACAGGAACCAGAUACAGGAGACUUGUGUGAUCCUGAGGAGGAAGGAGGUGAUGAAGACAUAAAUAGAUGUCUCCAUGAUGUAGGUGAUCUGGAUGUGGCUGUGAUCUCAGACAAAUUACAUACAUUAUGUGACAUAAUAACAGAUAUAAGGAGAGGGAUCUAUGUGGAGGGUCCUGGAGACAUAUUACUGGAUGUAAACACAGCUGCUAAUAACCUCCUUAUAUCAGACGACCUGAAAACUGCAACCCGUACACAAUAUAAUCAGAAACGUCCAGAAAGAGCAGAGAGAUUCCAGAAUAAUCAGGUGAUGAGCAGCAGGGGAUUUACCUCAGGGCGACAUUACUGGGAUGUGGAGAGCAGUAGAUCAGGGGAUUGGAUGGUAGGGAUGUGUUAUCCCAGUAUAGACAGGAGAGGAGGUCAGUCAUACAUUGGAUAUAAUAACAAGUCCUGGAGUUUGAUGAGGUGUAGUAAUCAGUAUUCAGUGAGACAUGACGGUAAAGAUAUCCAGUUACCUGGCAAGAUCUCCAGUGAUAGAGUCAGGAUAUGUCUGGACUAUGAGGCCGGGCAGCUGUCCUUUUAUGAGCUGUGUGACCCCAUCAGACACUUACACACCUUCACUGCCGCCUUCACCGAGCCCCUUCAUGCUGCAUUAUCUGUAUGGAGCGGUUCUAUAAAGAUCUAUGGGGGGAGAUGUGCCCCUGAUGCCCUCCGUUCACCAGUUCGCCCCCCCCUUCCCCCUCGAUUCGUCCCUGCAGCCCUUCUUAGCGAUCCCCCUGGUAUUGUAUGUGAUGGUGGUGGCUCCGGGACAGUGCUGCCGCCAUCAGCAACGAGUGUCAGCUGUAACAUACAGCUCGACACUGCUGCAAUGCUUUGCCAUGUAGGUGCAAGUGCAAGUGUGAAUCCGCCCCUCCGUUUUCGAAUUGUCAAAGAAUUUCAUUUCACUCUUCCAGCCAUGGCGUCUGCUGAUUUCAGUAAGGAACUGGACUGCUCCAUCUGUCUGCACACUUACACAGAUCCUGUAAUGCUGAGAUGUGGACACAACUUCUGCCGGGUCUGUAUCGAUCGUGCGCUGAGUACACAGAACGAGUCUGGAGUUUAUACCUGUCCUCAGUGCAGAGCACACUUUUAUAAACGUCCUUCACUGCAAAGAAACAUAACUCUGUGUAACAUAAUUGAGCAAUUUCUCUCCAUUCCGACACCACAGAAGGGCACUGGGAUUUUUUGCACUAACUGUAUUCAUUCUCCUGUACCUGCUGUUAAAUCCUGUCUGCAUUGUGAAGUUUCUCUUUGUGAUAACUACCUAAGAGUUCACAGCAAGUCAGCAGAACACGUCUUAUCUGACCCCAGCACUUCCCUGGAGAACAGGAAAUGUUCUGUCCAUAAGAAGAUCCUGGAAUAUUACUGCACUGAGGACUCUGCUUGUAUCUGUGUGUCCUGCAGUUUGGUUGGAGAACAUCAAGGACACCGGGUGGAGAUGCUGGACGAGGCCUCUGAGAAGAAGAAGAAGAAAGUAACACAAAUUCUUCAGAAACUGACCAGAAAGAGAGAGGAGACUGAGAAAGGAGUCCAGAACCUGGAGAAACACUGGAGAAAAGCUCAAGAAAAAGCAACUGGUGAUGCACAAAAGGUCACUGCUCUGUUUACGGACACCAGGAGACGACUGGACAACCUAGAAAAGAGGGUCCUGAGUGAGAUCUCCAGGCAGGAAGAACAGGUGUCACUCAUGCUUUCUACUCUGAUCCAGGAGCUGGAAAUAAAGAAGGAUGUGCUAUCCAGGAAAAUGAGACACAUUGAGGAGCUCUGUAACAUGACUGAUCCACUCACUGUCUUACAGGAACCACACAUAGAUGACCUGUGUGAUCCAGAGAUGGAGGGAGGUGAUGAUACUGGAAGAGAUAAUAAACAGCUUUAUAAUGUAGCUGACACAGAAGACUUGCCUGUGUCAACAAAGAAAAAUUUAAAAGUCAGGACCGCUGGAGGGAAUGUAACAGAUACUGGAAAUUGUGGGAACUAUAUGGAGGGUCCUGCAGACAUAUUACUGGAUGUAAACACAGCUGCUAAUAAUAUCCUUAUAUCAGACGACCUGAAAACUGCAACCUGGUCACAAACAGAACAGGACCGUCCAGAAACGGUAGAGAGAUUCCAGGAUUAUAAUCAGGUGUUAAGCAGCAGGAGCUUUUUUUCAGGGCGACAUUACUGGGAUGUGGAAAGUAGUGGGAAAGCGGAGUGGCUGGUGGGAAUGUGUUAUCCAAGUAUAGACAGGAAAGGAGAUCAGUCAUACAUUGGAGAUAAUGACAAGUCAUGGUGUCUGCAAAGGGAAAAUAAUUAUUCAAUGAUGCAUGACAGUCAAGCGAUCCAGUUACCUGUCAAAAUUUCUAGUGAUAAAGUUAGGAUAUGUCUGGACUAUGAGGCUGGGCAGCUGUCCUUUUACAAGCUGUGUGACCCCAUCAGACACCUACAUACCUUCAAUGCCACCUUCACCGAGCCCCUUCAUGCUGCAUUAUGCUUGGGUAACGGUUCCAUAAAGAUAUCAGGCUGGGGCAGCAACUGUGAGGAACCAUAA